AUGGCCACCAUUGUUUCCCCUCCACAUUUCUCCCCUGUCGAAGACGCUGAAAACAUCAAGAAGGCUUGUCAAGGAUGGGGAACCGAUGAAAAGGGCAUCAUCUCGAUCCUCGGACACCGGAAUCUGUUCCAGAGGAAACUCAUCAGACAAGCUUACCAUGAGAUAUACCAUGAGGAUCUCACUCACCAGCUCAAAUCUGAGCUCUCUGGCGAUUUUGAGAGAGCUAUAUGCUUGUGGGUCUUGGAUCCUCCGGAGAGAGAUGCUCACUUGGCCAACGUGGCACUUCAAAAGACUGUUCCUGACUACAAGGUCCUUGUGGAGAUUGCCUGCAUGAGAUCCCCUGAAGAUCUAUUAGCUUCAAGACGCGCUUACCGUUCCCUCUACAAGCGUUCUCUUGAAGAAGACUUAGCCUCUCGUACCAAUGGCGACAUCAGGAGACUCUUGGUUGCAAUGGUGUCUGCUUAUAAAUAUGACGGAGAAGAGAUCGAUGAGACGCUGGCGCAAUCAGAGGCUGAGAUUCUCCAUGAUGAAAUCCUCGGUAAGGCCAUAGAUCAUGAAGAAACCAUCAGGGUGCUUAGCACAAGGAGCAGCGUCCAGCUCAGCGCGAUCUUCAACCGCUACAAGGAUCUCUAUGGCAGAUCCAUCACGAAGGAUCUCCUCAAUCACCCUACAAGUGAGUACCUAAGUGCACUACGUGCAGCCAUCAGGUGCAUCAAAAACCCUAACCGGUACUACGCAAAGGUGUUGCGUAAUGCGAUCAAUUCAGUGGGGACUGAUGAAGAUGCUCUGAGCCGUGUAAUGGUCACAAAAGCAGAGAAGGACCUGAAGCAGAUCGCUGAGCUGUAUCUCAAGAGGAACGAUGUGUCUCUCGAUCAAGCCGUAGCAAAAGAGACAUCAGGGGACUACAAGGCCUUUCUUCUAGCCUUGCUUGGACAUGGAGAAGCUUAG